CAGCUCGUUCGCUACUUCGUGAAUGUCUCACCGUUGCAGAGAUAAACUCCGGGCACGGGCGUUUCUCCCCAAUGGCGCCGCGGCACGCGAGAACGCCGGGCACGGCGGAGGCGGCGACUUUGGCGGCACAGCGAGCCGUCCGGGAGAUUUGUGAUCCUCCAAAUGCUCGUGAGGGCAUCACGGCGGAUCGCACCAGUAGCUUCCGAUGUGGCCUCGUGCGCGAGAGCUGCCACAAGGACUUGCGGCAUUUGAGUUCCUCCGAAGGCGUGGCGGCCGCUUUGCAGAUGGCCUCUGAAAUGGACACACCACGCUCCCUGAGCUAUGGCCGGGCUCCAACGACCCUGCAGGUCUAUGACCAGGCCGCGACGCCGCAGCGGCGGCCCAUCACGCCACGGAAGGCCUACAGCGAAGAGGUUGAUGCGCAAGUGCCACUGGCCGCCCAUGUGGCGCCGCGGGCGGAGGGGUUCGUGGCGGAGGUGCUUCCGCCACCACCCGUGCUGCUCAGCAGUAGAGCUGGCUCCUUGACAAGGUCCGGCUCGGCCUUCAAGCCGCGGCCGUGGUCGGAUCACGACUUGAAGCCCAGCAUGGCGCGCCGGGCCUCUGGCAGCAGUCCGCGCCUGCGCCCCGCCACGCCGCGGGAGGGCUACACGAUGGUUCCUGCAGGUUUGCCGUCCUUUUUGCCCAGGCAGAUUGACGGAGGCGAGUGUGGCGCCCGGAGCCGUGCUUCCAGCGAGGAGCCCCUGAGCGCUCGCAGUCCGCGCAGCUGCACGAGUUCCAGGGGUGCGCAUAGCACUUGGGCAGAGCUCAUGGCCGAAGCGCAGGCCCUGGGCGCUGCCGCCGUGAACGGCGACGCCGCGCGCCUGCGCUCGGAGGUCGCCGCCGCCCGGCGCCGGCGGCCGGCGGGGCAGCCGUGUUCGCCGCGGCGGCGAAUGGGGCCGAAGUUGCUGCGAGGCGUGGGUUGGAGCAACGGUUGCGAGCCCAAGGAGAAGUCGAUCGAAGAGGUGAACCCCCUGGGCGAUUCUGGGAGGCCGGUUGGGCGUUCCUCGCUGCUUUCUCCUCGCGGCCGGUGGGAGGUGGCCAGUGUUGGGGCACUGGGAGCUUUGCUUUGCGCUGGCGGCGUGUGUUCAGGCCUCGCGAAGAGAGCUGCUCAGCGAAGGGCGAGCAGAUGUCAACUCAAGGCAACGCCCAAGACAACCAAGGCGGUCAAGACGACCAACGCAGUCAAGACGACCAAGGCUGUCAAAACGACAAAAGUGGCCAAGGCGACCAAAGCGGUCAAGGCGACCAAUGCUGUCAAAACGACAAAAGCGGCCAAGGCGACCAAAGCGGUCAAGGCGACCAAAGCGGUCAAGACGGCCAAGGUUACAGAGGCUACAGCAGCAGCGCCGCCACUGUUGCCGCCCUUGAGUGAGGAUGAGGAAAAUCAGGUGAAGAAGAAUCUGAGAAUGAACAGCAAGGAGGUGAAAUGGCAGCAGAAGGACCAGCGUCGCUGGCGGUUUUCAGCGCGCGGAGGUCGCUGGGAGGAGGCACUGGUGGAGCUGGACGGCUCCCACGUGCAACUGGAGGCCGCGGAUUUUCAGAUCGUGAUCCACUCGUGUCUGACAGCUGGAGCCGGGUCUCAGGCGUUGGACUUGCUGCUGCAGAUGGGACGGGUACGGCUUGAGCCAGACGCGCCGUGCUUUGGGACGGUGAUCCAUGCGGUGGAGCAACUUCCCGUGGAUCGCGCGCAGCAAGCGGAGGCGCUCAAGAAGGCUUUGGCCAUGGCUCCAAGCUCCAUCGACGCAAAGGCCUUUGAUGCCCUCCUGGCGGCGAGUCAACGCUUGGACGUGGCGGAAGGCCUGGACUUCUUGGCCCAGGCGUUGCAGGAGCACGUCGCCCUGAGCGAAGCCAGCUACGUCCAUGGCAUCAAUCUGUGUCGACGCCAUGAACAAUGGGAAAUGUCGCUGAGCGUACUGCAGCAGGUGGACGCACGUUUCUCUGGCGCUGAUGCCAAGAUGCUCGGCGAGGCGCGGCGUGCCUGUCUCGAGGCUGGCCAAUGGCGCAAAGUGCUGGAACUCAGCGAGCGACGCUCAGGUAGUGCCAUGCCAGAUGCCUAUGGCUAUGCUGUGCAGAUGAUUGCGCUUGAAAGGUUGGGAGAGCUGGCGAAGGCCUAUGAGCUCUUCAAGGAGAUGAUCGAGCGCAAUAUCGCGCCCAACGAGCAUGUGUAUGCAGCGCUGAUGGGAGACGGUUCGGACGAUCACGGGUGGUUGAGAGCCUUGCAGCUGCUGGAGGACAGUCGCCUGCGACAGGUGGCGGUGAACGAUGUGAUGUAUGGCAAGGCGAUCGCCUGCUGUGCUUCGGCCAAAGAGUGGACGACCGCUCUCGAGCUGUUGCGGCGGAUGAAGGAGGAGUGCGGCGUCUCGAUGUUGGCGCUGAGCAGCGCACUCUGCGCCUGUGGCGAAGGUCUUGAAUGGCAAAGAGCGCUGCAGCUCUUGCACGCGGCGCCUGCCUUGAAGGUGGAACCCGACGUGGAGCUGUGGAAUUACGCCAUUUGUGCUUGCGGCUUGUCUGCCCAGGGCGGGAUGGCGCGAAAGCUAUUGACCUCCAUGAAGAAGAAGAAGCUUCCGCCCUCCGUGGAGUGCUACAACAGCGCGCUGGGUGCCCUUCGCCAGGAUCCCUUGAAGGUGGAGGUGGUGGAACGUCUGCUGAAUGUGAUGCAAAAGGAGCAGCUUCAGCCGAACACCGUGACGAUGAACGCUGCCUUAGGGCUUUUCGUGGAGAAGGGCCAAUGGCAGCAGGCGCUCGCGUUCGGCGAGCGGAUGAGCAAGAAGCAGGUGAUGGCUUCACAGGUCACCUAUGGAGAGCUCAUCGGUAGCUGCAAGGACUCCAGGCAAUGGACCGUGGCGCUGUCUUUGUUGGAGGCCUCCUUGGCAGAAGGCUCUUGCAGCGUCAUAACCUACAACAUCGCCAUGAGCGUCUGUGAGUGUGACGUCGCGAUCCGCUUGCUUCGGAAGAUGCCUGAGCUGGGUUUGCAGCCCGACGUCUUCAGCUACAACGCCGUCUUGUCAGCGUGCCAAGAUGCCGAGCAAUGGGAACUGGCGCUGAAGAUCUUCCAGGAGAUGAAGGAAGCGUCCAUUGUUCCAGAUGUCUACACCUAUGGGGCAGUGAUCCUCUCUUGCAGCUUGGCCCUUCAGUGGGAAUGGGCUGUCAACUUAUGGCACGAGAUGGAGUCGAAGGGUGUCCCUGCGAACGCCAUGAUCAUGAGCAGCGUGGUCGGCGCGUGCCACCGCAGUGAGCAGCAAAACUGGGUCGACUAUUUGAUCGGCGAGAUGAAGCGAAGAGGCUUCAGUUUGGAGAACACGGCCUUCCAAGGCUCAGUGGGCGGCACCACGUUGGCCGGGAGCAUGGAGGAGAGUCAGUCGGACCACACACCCGCGAGGUCGUCCACUUCAGCGGAGUCCGCUCCGAAGAAGCUGUCGGGUGAAUCGCUGAAGGUCUUCAUGCAGAAGGUGGAAGGUGCCUCGAAGCUCUAUGCGGAGGCUUUGAAAGAUGGUGCCUUUGCGCCCUGGCGGCGGCCCGGAAGGCUCUUGGACCUUCAUGGCAUGAGCAGUGAGGUGGCCAAAGUGGCGGUCUACAUGGCACUCAAGGCGAUCCCCGACCUGGCGGAAGAUGACUUAGCGUUCUUAUGGGGACUCAAACUGAUCGUGGGCAAGGGCAAUCAUAGCAAGGACAACGAGGUGGUGCUGGAACCGGUGAUUCGGCAGCUGCUGGAGGAGGUCUUCCGGCUGCGCAUCACCAAGACCGUCGAGGGAUGCUUUCGAGUGCUCGCCGAGGACUUGUGGGCCAUCCGACAAGAGGGUCUUUGGCCCCCCGAGUGGUUGAAGGAGGGCCAGGAGCCUCCCAAGGCUUGGAUUCGGCGAAAGGUGACUCUUCCCAAGAGCAUCAGCGAGUUUCACCAGUCUCGUCUGAGCCUUUUGCGUGGACGGAGGUCGAGAAGCCGCUCGAGACUGAGGUCGAGUUCCAGAAAGCAAAAGAGGUUGCUGGCCUCCUUCGGCCUCUCUGCGAGUCACAAGGCUGCGAGCGGCUCAACUCGGAUGAGACACUGAGACCGCCCGGUGCGGCGCCAGAAAGGCGAACACCCGGGGUCGUUCCGUUCCGGAACGCAGAGGGACUGGGGUUCGUUUUGGAAGGCGUGUCGACCUGAUGCCUUGAUGAUG